AUGUCAGCCCUCGGAACCUCCUUCGUCCAGCAGAUCAGAGCCAACAAGCCCCUCUACCGAUUCCUCAAGCCUAUUGCCACAUGGUACGCCAAUCUUGCCGGGUACAGGAAGUUCGGCUUGAGAUACGACGACCUGAUCAUGGAAGAGAACCAAACUAUGCAAAAGGCUAUCUCUCGUCUCACUGAACGUGAACAAUACGAUCGCUCUUACCGCCUUCGUGUAGCCUCCCAACUAUCUGUCCUCCAUAAAGAACUCCCUAAGGAAGACUGGACCAAGCCCGAAAACGAUGUGAGAUACUUGACCCCUCUCGUAAAGGAAAUAGAGCAAGAAAACCAAGAGCGAAUGGCUUGGGAUACUGCGAAAGCUCCGACCGGUAGCGGCCAUUAG